ACCGAACAGAUUCCUAUGUUCGGUUGGGAGAAGAUGUCGCGGUUCUUCGCUCCUUUGGUUAUAUUUCUGGGUCUCAUCCUCUCGAGCGGUGCCACUCACAUGUGCCUGAGUUCCGAUCUGUGUGUUCCCAGGGAAAAUUGUCGUGAAGAGGAGGCUUUCUUCGAUUUUAGAUCCACCAUUGAGUGCUCCGACGCAGAAGUUUGCUGUGAAAAGUCAAAUGUGAUCGGCAUGAUCAGCCCUCCACAACAUCCACUGGACAGACUCCUUGGCACGAGUAAUCCAAAUGGCCUGGAUGGAAGCACACAGGUGCAUGAUGACCAAUCCAAACCGAAUCAAUUUCCCUGGGUCAUGGCAUUGUUCGUGAAGGACUCUUAUCUGGGAGGAGGAUCUCUGAUUACCCCAGGACUUGUGCUAACUGCUGCCCACAUCCUGGUGGAAUUAUCACCCAAUGACAUCAUGGUUAGAGCUGGCGAAUGGGAUCUGUCAUCCAGUGAGAACCUAAGUCCACCGAUGGAUCGUCAAGUGAUCAAGAUCCUGAACCAUGAGGCAUUUAACUACAGCAGCGCAGCCAACAACUUAGCGCUUCUCUUCUUGGAUUCGCCUUUCGAGUUGGGGGCCAACAUCCAGACCAUUCGCUUACCCAUUCCGGACAAGACGUUCGAUCGAAGGAUCUGCACGGUCGCCGGUUGGGGAAUGAGAUCGUCGGCCGAUGUUGAUGUUCAGCCCAUCCAGCAGAAGGUCGACUUGCCCGUUGUCGAAAGUCCCAAAUGCCAGAGACAGCUCAGACUAACUAGAUUGGGCUCGAACUACCAGCUGCCCGCCAGUUUAAUGUGUGCCGGCGGAGAGGAGGGACGGGAUGUCUGCUUUCUAUUCGGAGGAUCCGCCCUCUUCUGCUCCCAGGACGGUGAUCCCAAUCGCUACGAGCAGGCGGGCAUCGUAAGCUUCGGCGUUGGAUGCGGCCAGCCAAACGUUCCGACCACCUUCACCCAUGUGUCCAAGUUCAGGGAGUGGAUCAAUCCGCACUUGAAGCAAGUGCUUAGCGUGCCAGGAAAUACGCUUCCUGCCAUGACAUAAUAUCCUUGAACUAAUGUUCUCUUGUAUUUAGAUUUCCAAUUAAAGAAAAUGCAAAAAACC